AUGGAACGUCUGUUUCUCGUUAUUCUUAUUAUCGGAGCUAUUGCGGUUGGUCAGUUGGUGCCACCUUCGAAAUACAAUGGAACCGGCAACGAACAUGCGGAUAUUACCUUGAGGGCCAUUCUACCCGACGCCAACCGAAGAGUUGAGGAGGAAACGGAGAUCAGAAACAACGCUUCACGGCUCGGAACAGUUAAGAGACUGCUUACAUGGCACGAUUACUUUACCACUUACAUACUCCAACUUGUAGAUACUGACUGCUCUAAGGUGGAGGGCUGGCUCAAGGAUAUUGUGCGCAACACGAAAGCCUUUACAUUUGCGAGUUUGAGUUGCCGACCGAUGAAUAUUACAUAUUAUCCUUACGAUGAAACUUACACUUACAUAACAAAGACGACUAUCCAAAAGUUCCGACAAGAACUGGAACCACUGUGGAUAUAA